AAUAAAAUAAAUAAAAUAAAUAAAAUAAAUAAAAUAAAUAAAAUAAAUAAAAUAAAUAAAAUAAAUAAAAUAAAUAAAAUAAAUAAAAUAAAUAAAAUAAAUAAAAUAAAUAAAAUAAAUAAAAUAAAUCAAAUAAAUAAAAUAAAUAAAAUAAAUAAAAUAAAUAAAAUAAAUAAAAUAAAUAAAAUAAAUCAAAUAAAUAAAAUAAAUAAAAUAAAUAAAAUAAAUAAAAUAAAUAAAAUAAAUCUAAACUAUAUUAAGGCCCUAUAUAAUUUUAGGCUGUAA